AUGUCUAAGGAGGCAAGGCUUGAUUCAAACAGGUAUUCCGUGGUGGAUGCCGAGAUUAUUCGCGGUAUCCCUCUGCGUCGAUCUCUUAGAGGAAUCGGCCGGAUCUGGCGCUACCAACCUGCCACGUGGAAACCGGAGGAACGUGCUGAACUUUACGAUCUCUCGCAAAGGGUGCUUUACUUCAAUGUCUUCUUGUCGCACACCUGGCACACGCCUGGUUGGCAGAAGAUUCUGGCUCUCUCCUUCCAAUGUGGCUGGCGGAGUACGCUUGCCCUUUGGUGUGUGGUGGAGACUGCCUGCAUGGCCCUUUGCAUGGUGGAUGUGCUGCCGAUGCCCCUGGUGUUCCGGGAAACUGUGACCGGCUUGAUGGUCGAGUGCCCCAUGGGCAUAUGGGUUUUCGUUUUUGGUGCUCUCGCGCUCCUCCUGGGCUUGCUCUUUACGCCCUACCUGCCCUCCGUUUGCAGCUCGUCGGACAUGGGGUUCAUCGAUGUGGCCAGCAUCCACCAGCAGGACCGUGCACUCAUGGAGCGGGGUGUGUACGGCAUUGCCGGGUUUUUGCGUGUUUCCUCGGAGCUCCGCAUUCUCUGGUCGGGCAGCGAAGUCGCCUACUAUCUUGCCUAUCUCUUGUUAACGCUCUUCAACCUGAUUACCGUAGCCCUCCUGCGAAGCAACUACCGUGAGAAGCAUCAGCUGAGACGGGAGCUGCAGCAGUUCGAUCUGAACCAGGUCUCAUGCAGGGAGGAGUUUGAUCGAAAGUUUAUUCAUGCGGCCAUCUCGAAGUGGUACGGGAGCAAGGACGCCUUCACCGAGUUCGUGCGUCAGGACCUGCGGCAGCACCUGGAACCUUGUCUGGCCACCCGUUUUCCCAUGAGAUACCUUCUCCUCCUCAGUGCGGCUCAAUGGUCAGUCAGCCUGGAGUUCGUCCUGGCUCUGUGCAAGGGCGGAGCCUCGCCCAACAGCAUCCUGUCCUUUGUCAUCGCGAUGCUUUUGGGGGUGGAUGUCUUUGUUCUUGCGUGCGUCGUUAUUUCGAGCAACUACCUUUCUGAUCGUUUUGCUGCCCGACGCUUUGGCUGCUUCGAUCAUGUGCAGACGCUUCUGAUCCUUGGGUCCUGUUCAGAAGGAUGGAUAACUUGUUGCUUCUUGGGGUUGACACUUAGAGAACAUCCUGAAGCCCGCGUCAGCGAGGAUCACUGUGCUAUCUGGCGCCAUGUUCUUUGCAGGAAGCUCCCUUGCACAGGCGGCCUAUGGCACCAGCCUGGAGCAUUGCAUCCUCUUCGCAGCUUUGCCCACAGCCAGAGAACUUCAACCAAAAGCCGUAAGCCAAGCAAAGUCCAAAUUUCCGGUGUUUGUGGUGUUGGUUUAAGUCCCAAGUCCUUUCCCGUCGAGGUGUUCCAUUUGUCAGGCUCCUGGUUGCGAGUGUUUCUGACAGGGCCGGGUCAUUGGGCACGAGCUGGGGCCGUCAAAACGGUCCUAUGCUAA